CUUUUUGUAAUCCUCAAGAUUCCGUGGGCCAAGAUCCGCGAGAGUAUUGGAACCCCGAAGCGCACGACCACCUGACAUUUCCCCUAGCUCCUCGCAACUUUCCUACAAUUUUAGUGCCGACAAUUUUCCACCGAUUUUCGUUCAAUCGAUAAACAUUUCUCCUCAAUCCAUACCCUGAUUGCGUUUCUUGUUCGCUUAAUCGAGGUUUGCGACUGUUAUAAAUGGAUAUUGAUGAGAUUUUUGGCAACUCCCGUGUUGUGAGUCCUCCUACCAAGAGUGCAGUAUAUGUGUGGGGCUAUAACCAAUCUGGACAAACAGGCAGAAAGGGUGAAGAACGGAACUUGAGGAUUCCAAAGCAGCUUCCUCCUGAGCUUUUUGGAUGCCCCGCAGGUUUUAAUCACCGUUGGCUGGACAUUGCUUGUGGUCGGGAGCAUACUGCAGCUGUGGCGUCAGACGGCUCGCUUUUUACUUGGGGAGCAAAUGAAUUUGGUCAGCUGGGGGAUGGAACCGAGAAGGGCAGGAAACAACCUAAGAAAGUAAAGCAACUGCAGACAGAAUUUGUGAUAUCUGUAUCGUGUGGAGCUCAUUGUACUGCUGCUAUUGCAGAACCACGUGAAAAAAAUGGAACUGAGAUGACUAGAAGACUUUGGGUUUGGGGGCAAAAUCAGGGUUCAAAUUAUCCACGCUUAUACUGGGGUGCCUUUGCUCCAAACACGACUAUCCGUCAAGUUUCUUGUGGGGCUGUUCAUGUGGUGGUUCUAUCAGAAGAUGGCCUGCUACAAGCUUGGGGCUACAACGAAUAUGGUCAGCUUGGCAGAGGUGUUACUUGUGAAGGACUUCAGGGGGCUCGUGUUAUAAGUGGAUACGCAAAAUUCCUUGAUGAAGCCCCUGAGCUUGUAAAGAUCACCCAAGUGUCAUGUGGGGAGUACCACACUGCAGCUAUUUCGGAUAAAGGAGAGGUCUAUACCUGGGGCCUGGGAAGCAUGGGUCAACUUGGGCAUUGUUCACUUCAAUAUGGCGAUAAGGAGCUACUGCCGAGGCGAGUGGUAGCCCUAGAUGGAAUCUUCAUAAAAGAUAUCGCAUGUGGUGGUGUACAUACCUGUGCUGUAACUGAAAAGGGAGCUCUUUACGCUUGGGGUGGUAGUCAAGCAGGCCAGUUAGGCCUUGGCCCCCAAACUGGAUUCUUCUCAUGUGUCCCUAACGACUCCAAAACCAUUUUUCGCAAUAUACCUGUUUUGGUUGUCCCAACUGGCGUGCAACUUGUUGCAUGUGGACAUUCCCACACUCUUAUUUAUACGAAAGAUGGAAGAAUUCAUGGGUGGGGUUACAACAGCUAUGGUCAGGCUGCAAAUGAGAGAUCUACUUAUGCGUGGUAUCCAUCACCAGUUGAUUGGUGUGUUGGGGAAGUGCGAAAACUAGCUGCUGGCGGUGGCCACUCGGCUGUUCUGACGGACGCGUGUUCCUUGAAGGAACUGUGUGAGUUUAGGCUUGCAGACGCUAUAACUCUAGCAAAUGCUUCUGAGAUUGAGGAUGUUGCGUCCAGAACUGGAUCAGAUGCUCUUGUACGGCUUUGUGGAAGAUUAAGGGAGCAUUUUCUUGAUGUUGGUGAUUGCAACUCUGAAGGCGAUGAUUUUGGUGUUGGUAGAACCUGACAUUAAACUCAAGGUGGUCCUGAUAUACAAAUCAUUUCAUUAUUGGGGCAUUGUUGUAUGUUAAUUGUGGGAAACAUCUUGCAUUUGUUGAAUACUCUACGGGAACCCUAAUAACUUUAUUGGAGGUGAGAGCAACAAUUUGUUGUUGUAGUUUAUAAAUAAAUCAACAGGGGGAUGAAGAGGUGGGUAUGCGGCAUCUGUGUAGUAGUUAGCCCAUUCCACCAACAAUUUGGUACUUGUGGUCAAUCUGAUCAGUUCCAUUCUUGUACU